AUUUUAUUUUAUUUUUUCACAUACAUCCAAAAAAUAAAAAAAAAAACAAGUUUCUGGCCAAUAACAAAUUUUGUUCACAUUUUUCACGGAUCGCGCAACGCAACCACAAAAUUUUCAUUACAAUUUCUCAAUUAGUGCCUGCCCCGCAACAUCUGACUGAUCCGAUCCGAAAUCAUGACAUCGAAAAAUAACAUUUGGAGCGGUUCGCAGUUGUCGGUUGUGGGCGGUGCGCUUAAGGCGCUGGCGAAGAAGGUGGCGCCUCAGAUAUCGCUCAACCGUGUGGGACUGAAGCGUAUUGUGGCCCAAGUGAUUGCCGAGCAACAUGGCCUGGGCCGUGUGGGCGACUACAGGGGUCACAUGUACUACGUUAAGCCAGAAACCCUGGACAUGACCGAGCUGAUCACGCAGGCCAAAGAGGCCUUGGACGAUGUGGAGGAAGGGGAGCAGGAGCGUCGACACUUUCGGGAUCAAGAGUUUCGCCGAUAUAUACGGAAGACAGUACACAAAAAGUCGCCGGCGUUGUUCAAGCUGGACGCUGGCAAGCACAAGAACCUAACGGGUGUCAUCAUCGAUAGCACACAUUUGCCAGAAGGUGACGAGACCAAGGAGAUACUGCUCCAGGUGCCGUCAGUGUCGAUGCGCGUGCCGCUGCCCCGCUCUCUGACCUAUGAAGGGCAGGCAGAAGGCAGCGGCAACGCAUUCCGUGGACAGAGGCCCCUGUCAGAGUUGUCAGCCAAAACUGAGGCGGGGAUGAUCAAAAGACAACGAAUGUUGGUUAAGGGUUCCCAGCAGAAGCGAUUACCAGUGAAGCAGCCGCCAUCCAAGCGCACAUUACUGCGUCAAAAAAAACUCAAACAAAAGACACAAGCAGCUCCACCCGCAAUAAAUCCCAGGCAGAGUGUCGGCAUGGAAUCUCCCCCGCCACGCCUGCGCGCUGGUGAGUCCCAACAGCUCCAGUCCCAGUCGCAGCCGCAACCAAAACUGCAGCCACAGGCACAGCCAAAGCGUGAGCAGCAAGAAGAGUCUGUAUUGCACAAUCCCGUGCCCCAGCUGCCCAAAAAGAAAAUGCCCGAAUCCCCAAACAAUAAGAAUCACUCUCCUGUUGAUAGUGGUCUGGGUGUUGGGCGGACGACGCGCAAGAAGAACAAGAAGACGCUACCGCUGUUGCAGCGCAAAUAUGAUAAGCCCUGGCUAGUGCGACGCUACAAACGGCAUGCGACCACCCCAAGCCGUCUGAGCGCCGGCUUCGGCCUGGCCCAGCCCUUGAAGGUGCAGAAGCCCGAGGGAAACGCUGUCAAAGCCAAGGCGCGCCCACUCCAGCAGCUAAAUAAUGUUAUAUUUCCCUGGUACACACCAUAUCAGUUCCCAGGGGCGGCCGGGGCCACCCAAAUGUACCCAACGCCUGGCAAGAUACAGCCUAAGGCCAAGCCGAAGCACAAGUCCAACCUCAAAAAUAAUAAGCCUCGAGUGCCACGCAAUAAUAAAAACCCCUACAUUGGUGGACCCAUUAGCAACAAUGCCAACAACAACAGCAAGCACCAACAGGUGGUGUUAGUCCCCACACACGCGAGUCGUCAGCGCAUGCGCCGCAAGCUGUUGCGCGAAAGCCUGAUCCGCGAUUUGCUGCGCGAAGAAGCCAUCGAUGAAACGGAUAGCGUUUAUAGUAAGGUAGGUAAGGGAAAACGCUCAGCGCAGCCCUCGGCAAAGGGAUCACCGACGGCCAAGGCUAAGGCAAAGCUGCUGCCAAGGCUGCAGUCCGAGCUGAUGAUGGAGCCAAAGCCACGUCCAAGUCCACAGGCCACUGAGCAACCACAGGUUAGGCAGCGCCUGGCCAAGCCAUCGUUGACGGCAGUGACGAAACAUGCUCGCCGGCGGCGCCCUAGAGGGUCUGUGUCCCUGCCCGUGGACAACAGCAUGGGCAGCAUAGCGAACUUGAAGCUGCUGCGUAAUUCCGAAACAUCGCAAUCCGCACUAACGCCGGCCAAACGCCAUCUGACCAUAGCCUUCAUGGACAAGCGCCCGGACGAGGGGCGUGGGCCUCGCGGCUAUGUGCCAUGGAAGUAGAAUUUGAUGUUGAUACUUAAGAUGGUGUGUUUGUUUCGAGGGUUGUGAGUGGUCCCACAAAAAGCGCCAAAUAAAUUAUAAUGAGUAUAA